AUGUCAACAACACAUGCCUCCACUACGGACGUAACCAUAGACGAAGAGGAUAUGCCUCUCUUGUUUAUGGAUGACUUGCCAUCCAACUUUCAACAAAGCGCGCAGCUUGCGGCCGUUGCGACAUUCAUGGCCGACAGUGACGACGACGACGGUUGCGAUGAUGCAUAUAAAUCCGGUUACACCAGCAAACACCGUCACGGUCAACAAGUGAAGCAUAUGAGAAAAAGCAGGCAGCACGAACCCUACGAUAAACCAGUUAAGAACGACAAGAAGAGCGAAAGUAGAAGAAAGGCGCGAAAAGCUAAUACAAUGGACACAAAGGAGCUACAGCUGUUUCUGUCCAUGUUCCAUAUCAGCUCGAAAUAG